CGCGAAAGGGAGAAUUGUUUGAGAGCUCAGUCAUCCAAAAACGGCUUUUCAAUGUGAGGGAACUUGGGGGGAGCCCGAAAGAAAAUGUCGGUGGCACCGCAGUAAAUUACUUUAAAGCAAAAACGCUUUAGAGAGGGAAACGGGCAGAGCCGAAAAUCGGCCUUUUUGGAUAUUUUACUUCGCGUGAAAAGUUUGGGGGAAAAACUCCAAGCCGUAGAAAUUGCGAGAUCAGAAGCCCGCAGGACACAUUACACGGGUUAGGGGGUAGUAUAUGGAAGAUGUUGGGACUGUCUGGCUGGAUACCCUGGACUAGGAAAAGAGGAGUGGAGGCGCUGUGGGCUCUGGUUGCAGUUCUCCUCUGUUGCCACCAGAGCUGUGCCAGCAGCAGCAAUGACGUUGACAUGCCUGUCUUCCUUGAGGAGCCGAUGUCGGUGGUCCAGAAGUUAGGUGCAACGGUAACCCUGCGUUGUAGCGCCCUGCCCUCCCAUGCCAAUGUCACCUGGCGCCUCAACGGCCGCGAGCUGGUCGCCGGGGACGAUGCGGAGCUGGGCGUGGUCACACAGCCUGGCUCGCUCCUCAUCCUGUCACUUAGCAACCGAACGCUCGGGCGCUACCAGUGCGUAGCAACCACGGCUAUCGGAGCAGCCGCUAGUGUCCCAGCUAACGUCACAGCAGCCAAGCUGCGUGACUUUGAGCCAGAUGACCAGCAGGAGAUAGAGGUGGAUGAGGGGAACACGGCGGUCAUCGAAUGCCACCUGCCGGAGAGCCAGCCCAAGGCUCAGGUGCGCUACAGCGUUCGGCAGGAGUGGCUCGAGGCAUCCAAAGGUAACUACCUGAUCAUGCCGUCGGGUAACCUGCAGAUCGCCAACGCGACGCAGCAGGACGAGGGAGCGUACACUUGUGCAGCAUAUAAUCCCAUCACGAUGGAGACCAAGACGUCCACCUCCGCCGACCGCCUACGCAUACGCCGCUCCACCUCCGAGGCGGCACGCAUCAUCUACCCUCCUGACUCGCGGGCCAUCAUGGUGACCAAGGGCCAGCGGCUGGUGUUGGAGUGUGUCGCCAGCGGCAUGCCCACGCCACAGGUCACAUGGGCCAAGGACGGCCAGCCUCUCCCUUUACGGCAGCACAACCACACCCGCCUGUUGCUUAGCAACCUGCUGAUAGACGCAGCGGCUGAGAGCGACUCGGGGACAUAUACGUGCCACGCCUCCAAUGGACUAGGCCCCGCCUCCAACCGGCUCAGCACCGCCGCCACCGUGCAGUACGACGUACAGGUCUUCGAGCCUCCCCAGGUGCGUGUGGACCUCCAGACAGGUGGUGGUGGUGGUGGUGGUGAGGUUUUGUGGGGCUCCUCUGUGCGCCUGGUGUGCCAGGUGAGGGCGGGCAAGCCCCCUCCGAGCGUCAUGUGGCUCCACAACGCUGUGCCCCUGCCCCCUUCCUCCCCGCGCCACCGCCUCUCCCAGCGAUCCCUGCGCCUCCUCGCCGUGGGGCCCCAGGACGACGGCGUCUACCAGUGUCUCGCCGAGAACCAAGUGGGCAGCUCGCAGGCCGCGGCGCGGCUACUCACGCUACCGACAGGUUCCUCUUCUCGAGGUUCCCGUCUGCCCCAGUUGCCCCGUCUGAGCCCUGAUAAGGUUCUCCGAGAGCAGCCUCCCCCUCGCACCCCCGCCGCCGCUCCCCCCUUGGUCGACUGCUCCGAGCUCAGAGGUCAGGUGACCCCGGCCGACGGGCCAAUCAUAUUGAGCCAGCCACGCACCGUCCGAGCUGACUUCUACGAACUCACCUGGAAACCUCGACAAGACGGGGGAUCACCUGUACUAGAGUACAUUGUUAAAUACAGAAAGGCGGGUGACCCCCCAGGUGAGUGGGUGGUGAGCAGUGUGUCCGGUGUGACCUUAAAGAUGACCCUGACCAAGCUGCAACCCAGCAGCCUGUACGAGGUGGAGAUGAUUGCACACAACUGCGCCGGGCUCGGACAGCCAGCCAUGAUGACCUUCAGGACUGGGAAAGGUCGUAAGGGUGAGCGCCCUGACAACCAGAAGCCUCAUGUCUCUAUGCUGCCCAGCCUCUCCCCUCCCGAGGCACCCGAUAGGCCGACAGUGUCCAUGGCGACAGAGACGUCAGCAUAUGUGACGUGGAUCCCCCGCGGCAACCGAGGGUUCCCCAUCCAGAGCUUCCGAGUGGAGUACAGGCGGCUGAAGAAGGAGAACGAGUGGGCCGUGGCCGUGGAGAACAUCCCCCCCUCCAGACUCUCAGUGGAGGUCACCAACCUGGAGAAAGGCACAUCAUAUAAGUUCCGUGUGAUUGCGGUGAACUACCUGGGUGCCAGCCCUCCCAGCGCUCCCUCGAAGCCAUACGCUGUAGUGGGAGGGGGCAAGACCUCGAACCCGAGACCCGUAGACGGGCCCUACAUCACCUACAACGAGGCCAUCAACGAAACCACCAUCAUACUCAAGUGGACGUACACUCCGGCCAACAAUACAUCCAUAUACGGCUUCUACAUCUACUACCGGCCCACAGACAGUGACAAUGACAACGACUACAAGAGAGACGUGGUGGAGGGUGAUCGUUAUUGGCACUCUAUAACGGACCUGCAGCCUGAGACGGCCUACGAUAUCAAGAUGCAGUGCUACAAUGAGGGCGGAGAGAGUGAAUUUGGAAACGUUGUCAUCCUGGAAACCAAAGCGCGGUCUGGUCCCCGUGCCCCGACCCCUGAGACGGUGUCCCCUGGUCCGGGUCCGGAUGGCUCGGUGACGCGUGCAGCUGACUACCCGUACCUCAUCAUGGGCCUGGUGUUAGUGGCCCUGGUGGCCAUCACCGUCUUCUUUGUCAUCCCAUACUGCCUCUGCACCGCCCUGCUCAAACAGAAGCAAGCAGGUGACUUGUGUUUCCCGGUGGUGGCGCCCCCUGUGGCGACCUCGUGCCAGUACACCAUGGUGCCUCUUCAGGGGGGCGCAGUGGUGACUCGCUGUCCUCUGGACCCCCGCCUGCACCCCCCAACACACCCACACCCACACCCCAACGGAGACUACCUAGCCAACGGGAAGAUUCCCACGCACACACUACCGGGCAUGCACCAGGAGGAGGCCGAUUGUGAGAUGGAAUGUGACACGCUGCUGCCCCAAGCCGCCGUGCCCAACGGGCACCCGCCACCCUACUAUGGCAACGGCUGUCCCAUGUCCCCUGAUCUGGACGUCAGCUGCUGCCUGCCCGAUGACAGCACCCUGGAGCUGCUCAGGACACCUGGGGAUCACGGCACCCUGGAACUCAUGAGGACACCUGCUGCCGAUCUCAGCUCCCAUGAUUCCCUGCUCCUCCGGCCACCCGCAUCCCUCAGCUCUCAGAAUUCCCUGCUCCUCAGGCCGCCGUCUGGACUCAGCUCACGCGACUCGCUAGAGCUGCAACGCAACCCGAGCCAAGCCACCACCCUAGAGGACGAAAUCCUGGCAGAUCUCCAGUGCUACCCCCUUUCAACCCCAGAGGAGGGGGACAACGCAACAAUGCCUUUUGAAGACGACACACCGCUAGACACACAUACCACCACACACGCCUCUCACACUCAGCCAGACACGCACAGCACACACUCCGAGCCCAAAACAAACAGCAGCAAGCACAGCUCACUCACACCGCUAGACACACUCUCCUCUCACAUCCUACACACACUCUCAGACGAAAAAGGGACAUGGGACGGCUAGAACACUGUCGACAGAAAAAAAGAGAAAAGAAUAUUUAUUUUUUAUAUAAGAGAUGUAUUUAUAUAUUUAUAUGUUUGUAAAUAGGAGUGCGAUUUGUAUGAUGUAUAGGUGAUAUGUACGUCUAUCUCAUAUGUGAGUUCAGAACACUUGGUCAACCAAACUGCCGGGACAAAGGGACUCACUGUCAGUCUACCUGUAUACGUACUGUAUAUCCCUGUCUCCCUAAAGACUGUCUACAUGCCUGAUGCGUAUAUCAACGUCUGCCUGAAGACAAAAGAAAGAAGAUACAAGAACAAGUAUUGUGACAUCUGAAGAUGGCUGCAGUUUUCCAUAUUUCUUCUUUCAACAUUAAGUGGCCAGUUUGUGAUGAUUGCAUUAGUUUUGUUUUGAUUUUCAAAGCAUUUUAAUACAGUAUUAUCGAAGAGCUUUUUUUUUUCUCCACGGUCUUCAACUAUGUGUUAGUCAUACCAUUUGGUUUGCGUUUCAGAGUUGUAAUUCAGUUUGACGCGUGUAGCGCUGGUCUUCUUGAGUUAUUGUUUUGUUUUCCACAUGUUGACUGUAGUAGACAAUAGGCCUUCUGUCUCCAGAUGAUUGAUGUGAUGUUCACUCUCUUUCUCUCUCUCUCUCUCUCUCUCUCUCUCUCUCUCUCUCUCUCUCUCUCUCUCUCUCUCUCUCUCUCUCUCUCUCUCUCUCUCUCUCUCUCACACACACACACACACACACACACACACAUAGAUCUGUAAUGGAAACUCACACUCUCAACUGUGUAAUAGAAGUGUACUCACCCUCACACACUCUCUCUGAUCUCUGAUGCUGGAUGCCAAGUGGAAUCGAAUGUUCUCCUUUGUGAAAUGUGGAAUGUAUAUUUGAUAUGCAGCUAUGGGGGAAGACAUUUCUCACAAACUGUUAGUGUUGCUGUUUGUUCACAAGCACACACAUCUGCACAGCCCUUAUCUUACACACACACACACACGCACACACAUCUGUACGACCCUUAUCUCUGUGUGAUGCCAAGGCUGCCUUUCAAGUGCCGCUAAUCGCUCACAUUAGGUCAAGCAUCCAGUGAAUGUAAAUGAUACUCUGCGUUUCUGUGGCAUUUUAUUUUAUCUGGCAGUUUAAGCACACUUUAAGCGCAGAUUUGGUGUGUGUGCACGCGCACCAAUUUUGUUUCAAAAAGCAAGGCCCAAACGACUUCCAGCUGGGCACUUUGGAACACUCUGACAAGAUGCUGAAAUUUCACGGAACAUUCCGGAACAAGGAACACUCCGACAAGAUUCUAAGAUCUACCAGAACACUUCGGUCCACUAAGAGCCUGAGAACUCUCGGCCUCAGUCACAGACCAACUGAACUGUUGUCAGUGUUCCGGAGAUCAACUGAACUAAAAGUUCUGUUGGGAUUCGCAGACCAACUGAACAGGUGUUCCGAAGACCAACUGAAAUGUUAUGAGUGUUCUGUAAACAAACUGAACUACUAUAACUGUUCAGGAGUGUUUCAUGGACCAACUGAACUGCUACCAGUGUUCCAGAGUGUUUUAUAGACCCUAUGAACUGCUACAAGUGUUUCAGAGACCAACUGAACUGCUACAAGUGCUUCAGAGUUCCCGCUAUGUGUCCACACCAAAGCAGGCGACCUGCCGUCUGCCACUGUGCUCUGGGGCUGUGCAUAGACAUUAAUACCGUCCACAUAUUAUGUAUUUUUCAACAUUAACAAUCUAUUAACAAAUGUAUGCAAUGUACAAGCGUUCUGCCUUCAGUAGUGUAGCAUCUGAUAAAAUAAGAGAAUAUAUUGUAGGUAUGUAUUUAUUUUUUCUUUAGCUGCCUGAAAUUGAACACUGACUGGGCAUCUUUCUGGAAACAAAAAGGAGAAAAAACUUGUAUACCUUAGAAUAAGCUCAUUUGACUGAGAGGGAAAGGUUCACGUUUUUGCUGGACACUGUUUUGUAUCGUUCACCAGAGACUUGAUGUGUUAAGUUGGGGCGGCACAGCUGGUGUCAGUAUUAGCCGCUCUGCUAAAGAGCCAGGCCCUGAGGCAACACAUAGACUGACUGAGGAACUCUGUGAUGCGAGCCCAAAUCUGCCAGCCCGGGAGGGGCACCAGUUUCAAAGGAUCUCAACGUUGCCUUGGUGCAGGCUGGUAUAUUUCUAAAGGAACUCACAGCUUGCCAUGUGCAGGUCGUUCCUAAAGGGAGGUUGAGUCCAAGGAACCCCAAAUAUGCCCUGAGAAAGCUGGUUCGGGUUCUAAGGGUAGGUCCGUCCGGAGGAAUUGAGACGGGCCUUGGGCGGGUCAUUUCUAAGAGCAGGCUGGUUCUAGAAGGCAGGGCCGGAUUAAGCCAAUGUGGUGCCACUGGGCAUUAUACCUCCCUGGUGCCCCCUUUAUAAACAAUAUUUGUUAAGUUUGUGUCUUGUGGUGCUGAGCACUGUGGCGCUGGCCCUUUUGGAUAAUCCGGCCCUGCUAGAAGCGAACUGCGCUGGACAUGAAGGAGAACCUCAUCAGAACCAUGAGGGCUGGGCUGGGACUAAACCGGCACCUCACACAGUCCCCAUAUAUCUCCCUUGAAUAUUGUGAUUGGCUCAGUCCACUGUCGGGUCUGUAAGAUAGAAAAAAACAUCUUCCCAAAGAAAAAAAGGCGGCAUCAGUCCUUGAGGACUAAGGGCCCUCCGGGAAAAUGCCCUGUAUGCCAGAUUAUCAGUCCAGCCCUGAUAACCAUGUCUGGGGCGUUCAGUAUAUACAGUAUCACAUAUCCAAGUUUGUUUUUUUUUGUAAUGGAGCAGUUGUUACAUCACAGGCACUAUUGAGCACUAUUGCAUGUAAAUAAAGCUGAGAAAAAACUUAAAACCCUUUUAUUUUACUCUGAGUAUGUAUGUGUGUGUGUGUCAUUCAUUAUGUUACUGUGGCACGGCCUUAAAACAUCAAAAACAAAGAAGAGAAAAGCAUUAAGGUCAAACACCAACAUCUGUGCUGCAGACAGCGAAGAGCAGUCAGUGCCUGAGAAAUGUGGCAGUGUAAAGGCAGUAAUUGAUGAAAUAUGCUGUGAGAGCUAUCCCUCUGUGAAACAGAGAGAGAGAUACCCAUGAGUGUGUGUGUGUGGGAGAGAGAGAGAGAAACUGCCUGGCUAUGAUCAGGGCUGUUCUGGGCCAAACAAAAUCAGGCUGGGCAUUUCCAACCAAGACCGGUCUGCCCGGCCUUGAGAGACCAUGAAACCUUUUUAAUAAUCAAAUAUGAUUUAUUUUGACCACAACAGCCAUAAUUAAUAUUUAAAUCCAUAUUUUUCAUGAACAAAUGUGAACACUUUUCCAGCACCUCCAAGAACCUUUAAAUAGGUAGUAUACAAGUUAUGUUUGCCCAUGUAAUGAUGAUGGUCAUGGGAAGCACAGCGACACACCAUGCAACACCAAUGAUCACCCAGUAUACUUUGCUUUGUUCCCACCAUAGUAAGAAAAAUAUGCAGGUGUAACAUGAAGAGACGGGGCUUUUUCUAAAGAAAGGUGGACUUGGUGGACAGAGUGGCAGGGGGAUGUGGGGGUCCUCCCCCAGAACAUUUUAGGUUUUUAAGAUGCAAGUUCCUGCAUUCUAAUCAAUUUUAGGGUGUUGAU